AUGGAAACUUCAUCAAAAAAACAACCAAUUGAAGAAAUAUAUGAUAAACGUGAACAACGUUUUCAGCGUAGAAAUUCUCGUUUAUUAAUUCAAGAUUCAAAUAUUUCAAAAGCAUCCCAACCCAUUAUUGGUUAUGCUGAAGAAGAGCUUUUAUCAUUAUCUGAUGCAUGUCAACCAUUAAUUAUUAUUGUUGAUGAUAUUUUAAAAUAUGUUAAAAUUGCUUUAGAAAAUACUUCAACAGAGCCACCAAAUAAAUUAACUAAAGAUGAAGCAGCAUCAGUUCAUAUUUAUACAAUGGAAUGGGAAGAUGGGCAUAAAAGUCUUUAUACGAUUCUUAAUUAUACACUUCGAAUUGGUGAUCGUGAUCGUCUUAAACCAUGGUACAAAUAUCUUAAACUUUUUCUUACUGCUUUAGCUAAAUUACCAUGUGCACCACCACAAACAGUUUGGCGAGGAGUUCGUAGAAAUAUUGCUGAAGAAUUUCCUCCGGGAGCACAAAUAACAUGGUGGUCAUUUUCAUCAUGUACAACAUCACUUAAUGUACUUGAAAGUGAUUUGUAUUUGGGUAAUGUUGGUGAAAGAACUCUUUUUUCUAUUGAACUUAUUAAUGGAAGAACUAUUAAAGAUUAUUCAUAUUUUGAUACUGAAGAUGAAAUAUUAAUGUUACCAGGAACAUAUAUGGAAGUACAAUCACAAUUUACUCCAGCACCUGAUCUUCAUAUUAUCCAUUUAAAACAAAUGGUACCAAAAGAUAUUUUACUGAAAACUCCAUUUGAAGGUGCAUGUCUUUAUCUAAAACCAAAGCGUCAUUGGUAUCUUAAGAAAAGAGUCGUCUUUUCGGUUAUUAUAGCUUUGAUUCUAAUUAUUAUUGGUUCUGUACUUGGAUCACGAACUUGGAAUCAUUCACCAGCCCUUUUAUUUUCAAACAAUACAAAAAUUAUAAAUAAUUAUUCUCUUACGGAUAUUCUUCAUACCUUAAAGUUUGGACAAAAUUAUUCAUCUAUAAUCACUGGAACUACUAAUGGUACGAUUUAUGGAACGAAUAUUUAUGCAGAAGGAUCAGAUUAUGGAACAGCAGCUGUUCAUGUAGGAAUUUUACGUAAUGGUGAAACGAAAAAUAUAACAAUUAUAGUUCUUCCUGGUCGAACAUUGUAUACAGCUUCAACACAAAAUGGUAUUUCAUCAUAUUCAUAUGGAUCUUGGUCAAGAAGUUAUUCAUUUGAAAAUAUUACAUUCGAAUCUAAUGUUACUCCACUUAAUUUUGCUUAUUAUACUGGAAAUAUUGGAGAUAGUCUGUAUUUAUCAGUUACAGGAGCUAUGAAUGGACGUAUUUAUGGUACAAAUAUUUAUACAGAUGAUUCAAAUCUUGCAACAACAGCAGUUCAUGCUGGAAUUUUACAUGUUGAUGAAACUAAAAAUAUAACAAUUAAAAUUCUUCCUGGUCAGUCAUCAUAUGAAGCUUCUACACAUAAUAAUGUUACAUCGUAUUCAUACGGAUCUUGGACAAGAAGUUAUACAUUUAUUUAA